AUGGCCACCCAAUCCUCUCCUCACACCGCCGGUCAUAUUUCCUUCCCUUCUAACUGUGGUGGUGGCUCUUCCAUCAACAGGCGUGGUGGCUGGCGUGGUGGCUGGCGCAACUUCUCAUCUUCCUGGAGCAACCCGUGGAAUGGUUUCUAG